GAUGAAACCACCAUCAACAACAUCGCCCCCUUGUUUGCGUCUGUGGUGGCAUCCUCCAGCCAAUCGGGGAGGGAUUCACCUCCUCGACGCCGUGCAAGACGAUCUACUUCACAGCGGCAACGACCUUUGGACUCUCGCCGGUCGGGAGGUCGUCGUUCACGGGGUAAUGGCGGAGAAGACAGUGACGCUUCCAAAAACAUGCUAGAGAGCAGUGAUGACGAGGAGAAGAAUCAGAAUAGCAGCAGCGACGACGAUGAGGAUCAUUUGGAUUUGGAUGCAUUGGCAAAUUCUCCGGUGGGAGGACGAGACAAUCGAGAGCAAGAGUGUGCUUCUCCAGAGUUGGUCAUCAAAUAG